CUUUGGUGACAUAACGAGGUUCGAUGUUUUUCCGCUAGACAGAAUUGUAAGAAUGUAGAUACAAAGUUGUAUUUUAUAAAUUUGUGUAGUUAUCAAUUAAAAGUUAGAAUAAUCAUGAAUUUCUUAGCAAGAAGUAUGGUGAGCGGGACUAGAUCUUGUCUUACAAGUUCCAUCGCAGCUAGCAAACUACAGUUAACUAGAUUAUGCGCAAACCCUGGAAUUCAAGGAAAUGUGUUGACUACUACUAACUCAUGUAUUGGAAGCUUGAUACAAGGCUUACAGAUAAGACUCGGAUCAUCAUUAAGAAGGUUGCAUCUAUUUGGGCCGUAUAAAAAAUAUAAGAAGAAGAAAAAUCCUUUAGAUGGGAAACCAUUUGCAAAAGGCGUAGUCAUACAAACUGUAACCCGAAAGCCAAAAAAACCUAAUUCUGCGAAUCGAAAAUGCGUCAUCGUCCGCUUAUCAACCGGCAAGGAAAUGGUUGCUUUUAUACCGGGCGAAGGCCACAAUCUUCAAGAGCAUAACAUCGUUCUGUGUCGGCCAGGAAAAAUAAAGGAUACUCCAGGUGUUAAAAUUAGAUGCGUUCGCGGCAAGUAUGAUCUACCUCAAGUAAUAAAGAAAAUUACUUAGUUAUACAAUUUAUCGCAACUUUUGUAAAAAAAUCUUCUCUCCCUUAUAUUUUACUAUAUAAUAUAUGAUGGUGUACAAUGAAUGAUAAUUAAAAUAAGCUUCUUCAGUUAAUUUAAAACAACAAUUUAAUUUGAUUUAUAAUUAAAGAUCACAGAUGAGAACCAUGCCAACUCUAUUUUUAUUGAUUUUCUGACUUGUAUGCAAUUUGGUUAGCAAACAAGAGUAGUUUAAUAAAACAUAGUUGAAAGGAA